GAGGAGGAAAAGAUGGGUGGGGUGAGGUGAGCACCAGGGGCUAAAAAAAAAAAAAAUAGAAAUAGACCUUGAGUUCCAACACUCAACAACCUCUUCCAGCAGGACAGAGCUGGGAUGGGAGCUGAUUUUAGAUUUGACAAAAUAACAUUAGCAUCAACGGACAAGGUCAGGAGUGAGUGUCAGUGAAGGGCAAGGAAAAGGGAAAGGAGGAAGUGGAAUGUUGGCUUUUCACGUGUUGCUUGGCCAAAUCUAAAGCAUGACAACUUCAGGAAUUCCAGGUUGUCCCCAUUGUCAGAUUCCAGGCACCCACAGGUAAGAGUCAAUUAAGACUCUUACCUUAAUUGUGCCACACAGAGUCAAUUAAAAAGAAGGAAUGAAGCAAAAAAGCAUGUGCACUUAUCUUUCUCCUUCUGGUCUGUGCUGCAUCCUAUAGGAAUGGUUAGAUGAAUCUGAGAAGCCUCGAAGAGGUGAAGAGAUUUAGAAGGAGAGAAGAGGUGCAGAGAUGCCCAGUAGGUGACUAGUCAUUAGGGGGACAGAGGUCCUGGAAUGGCUCCAAUUUAAGAGUACAGGAUGGACCCCAAAGGGCAGAUUAUAACAACCCAAUACAAGAGUAAAUCUCAGGCACAUUUCAGAUGUGUUUUCUUUCUCUUUGCCAGUACAGACAAUGAAAUAGCUACUGUGGAAGCUGAAUUUCCUCUGACAGAAAUUGUUCAGUGUAGGAUGUGCCACCUCCAGUUCCCGGGAGAAAACUGCUCCAGAGGAAGAGGAAUAUGCACAGCAGGAACAGAAGAGGCCUGCAUGGUUGGAAGGAUUUCCAAAAGGGACGGUAGUCCCUGGUUAACCUUCAAGGACUGCCUGAAGAACUGUGCUGACGUGAAAGGCAUAAAGUGGAGUGUCUAUUUUGUGAGCUUCAGCUGCUGCAGGAGCCACGACCUGUGCAAUGAAGACCUUUAGAAGUGAAUGCUUCUUCUGUGACUCCAAUUUCUGGGUGAGGUUGUUGCCUCAGCCUCUUCACAAUGACUUUCUUUAAAAAAAUCUCUCUCACACACACACACGCACACUACAGAAGAGGAUUGCAAAGACAUGGCUCCAUCUUCUGCACAUGAAAGGAAAGUCCCUCUCCUUUUCUAGUCUCUGUCUCAUCCCUUAAAAUAAGUAAAUAAAUAACCUUGAGAG